GAAUUUGGUUGCAGUCAUAUUCCAAUCACUUUUGUCUAUAGUCAUAUAGAUAGACAGUGAACCAUGAAAUUCGUCUUAGUUGUAGUCGGGUUGGUGGUCGUGAUUCAAAAUGUCGCUGCCUAUCCCUAUGGUGGAUGUGGAUCAUGUGGAGGAUGUGGUGGAUGCGGAGGAUGUGGAGGCAGCGGCGGUUGUUUCGGACCUGGAGGACGAGAAGACCUCAAUGGAUUUGGUGGUGUAGACGGAUUGAAUGGAUUAGCUGGAUUCACCGGAUUGGGAGGCCUUAAUAGUAAUGGUUUUGGAGGACCUGGUGGACUUGGUUCAGGUAGACCUCAUGUUCCAUUGGUUGUUAGACCCCAAGAAUUACCUAAACCCGCUGUAUCUCUUCCCCCAUCUCUGGGACCAGUUCCUGGUCCAUGUGCAAUCAAAAAGGCUAUUGUUAAACCUGCUGUUCUUCCAAAACCUGUUUGCCGUGCACCAGCAUCUACAUGUGGAGCUAUUGACAGCUGCCAUUGUAGCCACAAUGUUCAAUGUACCGCGACUUCAACAAUCCUUGGAUCUUGCUCAGGACCCGUUUUGGGAAAUUUAGGAUCUUAUGGAACUGCACCAGGAGCGGGCCUCUAUGGACUCAAUGGAGGUCGUGAUGGUUUACUCGGACCAUCUCCCCUCAAUGGACCUUAUGGACCUGGAUCUGCAAGCUGUAUCAGGAACCAAGCCAACUGCGCUCCAGCUGAUGCUGUUUCAUUAGAUCUAGCUUACAAAAUGGCCCAAAAGGCACAAGUCAACACUAUCGCAGGUGAAGAUAGAUUACACUUUGGGUUCAGGAAAAUCCCCAAGGAAUUACCACCCAAAAAGGUAAUCCAAAACAAUGUCCCCGAAGAGAAAAUGUUCAGUUUGAACGGACAAAUCGUAGAACUGAAACCAGUGAAACGAGGAUCAGGAAGAUCUUUGGCAGAGGAAGCUGCGGAUGACUUGUUAGAACUUCAAGCAGAAGAAGAUGAUAUGGCUGUAGACGGAAAUGAUGGAACUGGUAAUAUGGGACCAAGAAGAGUCAGUUUGGGAGAGAUUGGAUAUACUCCUGCUAAACCCAACAAUCCAACCUUCGUCAACGUACCAGCAGGAAACCUGAUCGAAACUGCCGUUGAUGGUGCUGCUGAUGCUAUCAGUGACGCAACUGGUAUUAGCGGUGGUGUCAGUGGAGGUGUCAGUGGUGGGGUUAGUGGUGGCAGGGGUUGUUGCAGCUGUUGCAGCUCUCCAUGUGUCUGCAAAGUCAUACCCGGAGACGUUACUUUCAAGACUGAACCCAAAAUUCCACAAGUUUGCCUUCCACCAGCUGUGGUUCCUGAUAGUUGUGAAUCCGGCGAGGUGAACAUAUCUGAAGAAGAACAGGGUUGCCAAUGCAGCUGUGUACCAAUCUGCGUGAAAAAAUCCCACUGCUGCCAUAAGAAAUCUUUCUCCGUCCAACAAUACUUGUGAGGAGGAUAAAAAUAUUUUACAAGCAAUUGUAUGAAGUGUAUUUUGAUCUGUGAUAUUGAGUUGUAAUAAUUUUAUCAAGAACUUGCCCCAUAUAUUCUAAUUUUAAUGAUAAUUCAAAUGAUUUUUCAAAUCGACAUAUUUUGGUUUUCAAUAAUUUUUUUUAUCCCGGCGAUACUAAUAUAUCUCUUCAAUUGUUUAAUAAUGUAUAUUUUCAAUAUCUAAGUUUCUAUCAUCUUCUAUGAUGGCGAUUUUUUGAUAACGUUCCAAAGUUGUUGUUGAUGACAGGUUAGAAAUAUAAGUUUCUUUGAAAUUUUAUUUUACAUCUUCAAAGUGAUGUGAGAAGGGUAUUCUUUGAAUAAGGUGAAUGACUUUUCGAGAAAAUUUUUUUUAAUAGGUGUUCGUGAAAAUUCUAUUCGAUAUUUAUCAAUUUUUCGGUGUUUCAUGACGUUCCAAUUCAAUAUACAUCACUUUCUCGAUUUUUGUUUUUGAUAUUUAUAUUUUAUUUUUUAAAUCAGCUCGUAUUCACUCAAUGAUCUCAUCAAAACUGUUUUUUGUA